UUCGAUUCCAAUUUCCAACCAGUUUCUCUACCUCUUCUAUGGAGUGACAACAGCACACAAUCGGUGGGCUCGCCAUUGGUGCUGACGGUUUCCUUCACCUUCUUCCUCUGCUCGAGAUCCGAUCUGCUUCGAUUAUGUUCCUUGUCGACUGGUUCUAUGGCGUCUUGGCCUCCCUUGGUCUCUGGCAGAAAGAGGCCAAGAUCCUCUUUCUUGGCCUCGAUAAUGCCGGAAAGACCACCCUGCUUCACAUGUUGAAAGAUGAGAGGUUAGUACAGCAUCAGCCAACGCAGUAUCCUACGUCGGAGGAGUUGAGCAUCGGGAAGAUAAAGUUCAAGGCGUUUGAUUUAGGAGGCCAUCAGAUUGCUCGUAGAGUUUGGAAAGACUACUACGCUAAGGUCGAUGCCGUGGUAUACUUGGUGGAUGCCUUCGAUAAGGAGAGAUUUGCAGAAUCGAAAAAGGAACUCGACGCCCUCCUUUCUGACGAGUCACUUGCAAAUGUCCCAUUUCUUGUGUUGGGGAACAAGAUCGACAUACCCUACGCUGCCUCAGAAGAUGAAUUGCGAUACCACCUCGGCCUGACCAACUUUACCACUGGAAAAGGAAAGGUAAACCUAGCAGACACGAACGUUCGCCCAUUGGAGGUGUUCAUGUGCAGCAUCGUCCGUAAAAUGGGGUAUGGUGAUGGCUUCAAAUGGCUUUCUCAAUAUAUCAAGUAGGUGAAUAGGCAGCUAAUGCAUUACGGCUCAUGAAUGCCAAGACACACUCUCACACUAGGCAAAAAGAUGGCAUUAGGUACAUAUACUGUUGGUUUUCCAUGUGGAUGGACGUAGAUACUUCUGUGACUGGUCUGUAAAAUUUGUCUAGCCGCCAUAGAUUUGUGUAGCAAUAGUUUGGUUUAUUGGCUAUGCCAUUGCCAUCCCUUGGUAUGUAUGGAUUUCUUUUUCUAGAUUCAGCCAGCAGGAUUUUCUUUCCUUUUCUUGAGUGUAAGACUUGAAGCGAUGCAGCCUAUUGUGGUUUGUUUUGAGUAAAAAAUGUUUGGUUUGUUAAUGUGAAGCCAGGAGGAUCUGAAGAAAUGUUUGUAAUGCUAUCCUAUCAUCUCUUUUUCGUCUGGUCUUGUCACAUCUCGGUUUCAUCUUUAAUGGAUUGAUCGAUAUUUUGAUA